CAGAACACAUAACAUAUUCGAGAUGAAAUUAUUAUUGAGUUCUUUAGUUGUAGCUCUGGUUAGCAUUAUACCAGUGUUUGCAGAUAAUGGCCUGGAGGACUUCGACGAUGCUUCGCGAUAUGCAAUAGAGGGCAAAGUUUACCCACCUGAGCUGUAUGGUGGUGAUGCCGACCUCGCCUGGCAGCUUGAUACACAAAUAUCGAUCAACGGCGGCGAGUACAAAGGAUUUCUGCGGGAAGAUGGCACAUUCGUGAUUAGCUCUGUGCCUUCCGGCAGCUACGUGGUUGAGAUUAUUAAUGCAGACUAUUUCUAUGAGCCAGUCAGGGUAGAAAUUAACCCCAAGGGGAAAUUCCGUGCUCGUAAACUGAACUACGUUCAACCAUCCCAAGUGUUGCAACUGCCUUACCCUCUGAAGCUAAAGGCGCUCACUAGGUUCAGGUAUUUCCAGCAACGCGAGCAAUGGAAGAUUACCGAUUUUCUAUUUAAUCCAAUGGUUUUAAUGAUGAUAUUACCACUCGGAAUUAUGCUCGUGCUACCGAAAAUCAUGAGCGACCCGGAAACGAAGAAAGAAAUGGAAAAUCUCAAUUUAUCGAAGAUGACGAGCGACUUGCCAGAAUUUAGUGAAAUGAUUACAUCCUAUUUCACUAGCGGUUCUACGGCAGUAGCAGGAGCUUCUAAGGCAAACAAAGAGAAGGAAAAAACAAAACCAAAGCAAAGUAAAAAGAAAAAUUAAGCUCACUUCAUCGCUUCUACCGUAUCAGGAAAGGAUUCACGUUAAAAAAGACGAUUUCCGUAAAGCUAACUAUCCAAAUUUUGUUAGUCCAAUAGCGAGUGAAAGCCCUUUUAAUAAAAAAAGAUGAAGUUACA